UUUAUUUCGUGUUUCGUAGAGUUUGACAUCAGAAUAAUAACAUUGCCAUGGGAUGGAGUCUCAAACAAGGUGGUUUCUCCUUUCAAACUUGAUUUUUGUUCAUUUAGCCAGUUCAGAUGCCUUUGUUGGAGAAUGUGGCUGUUCUUUUAAGGAAUGGAAUUGCAGUAUCAUACAGAGUAGCACCCAAGAAUGUGACUAUAAGCGUGUAGGGCCUGGUAAAACUUACCCUGGAGAUCCCAAAGAUUUGAAGUACAGCAUUGAACCUGGAAAGGAGCAAUUUGUGAAGCUUAAUAUUUCAUGGCAACCCCCAGGAGAUGGCUCAAUUACGUUUUUAAAAGGAUUCCUAGUCAAAGUAAUAUACGUUGACAACCUAAAUAAAGGGAAGGAUGAAUGUGCCGUAAUUGCUUGGACUGAACAACUGAACAUUCAACAGAAAAAGAUUCGAUUCCAGUAUAAUUGCCUGUCUAUUCUAAAGGGUUCUUGCAUUGCUAUAUCUGUGACAUCACUUCCUAAAUCAACGGAUGGUGAUGAUAUGACAGAUCAGACAAUAUAUCUUGAUGGGAUCGAUGUAGGCGGGAUUGAUCAAGAGUUUCCAGACUUGAAAUUGAAAGUUGCCAAUAUAUCCAGUAAUGGUACAAUACGGGUUGAGUUCACCCCUCCCUCCAAGGAUCUGACCCCAUCUUACACUCUCCUUCUCAUGGAUAGUGCAGGGAAAAACCCUAUUAAAACAGAAAAGUUGAAAAAGCCAACAACAGUGCACACAUUCACAAAUGUUGCCCCUGGCAGAUACACAAUCUGGUUGAAGCCGUCUCCUAGUCCCAACUGUCCUGAGCCUUAUUCCCAAUGCCUUACUUUACAAGGCAGUUGUGCAGAAUGUGAGACAUCCCAUUCCCAUGAAUUCAAUAUAUAUCCUCCCCCUCUUGUACCAACACCACCCCCUAUUGAAACAAAGCCAAAAGACCCUUCCAUGCCUAUCUACGAUGUAACACCUCUUCCUGUCGCAUAUACAUCUCCUCCCAGUGAUUCACAGCCCUUAGGAACCAUGGUAAUUCUUGGAAUCAUAGCAGGUGUUCUGGUGGUUAUUUCUUGUCUCAUAGGUGGCGCUGUGUGUUGGUACAGAAAGAAAAUACAUGAUGCAACUACCAUUUUGAGUGACAGCAGCAUUCCACAAGCUACAGAGAGUUACUUAGAUGACGAUGUAGCCUUGUUGCCCUGCAGCCUUGCACGGCCUAAGGUCAUAAUAGUUUACUAUCCAGACACGGCUCUACAUGUUAAGGCUGUUGAUAAACUUUCUACAUUCCUCAACACAUGUUGCUCAAUAAACUGUUCAACUUUACCAAGAACUAAUGGUACUACUGGCUCUUAUGAAGGGCAAACUGUGAAAUCCAUUGCUCAAAUGGAUAAAAUUAUUGUGGUCAACUCUGAAGGUGCAAAAUGUGAAUUCUAUGCAGAAGAUGAAUCUCAGUCCUCUGUGGCUUUCAAAGAAGCCUUGGGUUAUAUUCUUACGUUGACUGAUGAUGUCAUAAGGAGUAAGGUUGUUAUGUGCAGGUUUGAGUACACAUCGCCGCAGAAUGUCCUCGAUGACCUCAUGUUUUAUACAUUUGACAACGCAAUACCUCAAGAUAUCAACAAAUUCUUGCAGCAUCUUCAACAGUCCAAUAUUGGUCAGAGGGAUUCUCCAUUUUCAGACCAAUAUCGUGACACUCGUGUAAAUCUCCAUGACACACCACAAGGUGUUGACCUACUUAAGGCUAUCAAAGAUGUGACAAAUACACUACAAACUCUUGAUAGUCAAACCAGAUCUGAUGUUGGAGAUCAACUCAACUCAAUAGAUUCUGCAUACAUAUCCUGGAACGUGAAUGAACCCUAUUGGGAAAAAACUCAAUGGAAGGAACCCAAGUUGACUGAUCAUGAGGACAAUUUGUCCUGGCACACCGAUCCAGGCUGGGAUCAAGAUUCCAAUGUGAAUUCUGAUUUAUAUAAGUGGAGCCCUAAGCCUCCUAGGGCUGUUUAAGUGUCAGAGCUCCAUCAGUUGGCCCCUAUUAAUUAUAAAUACAUUUUUAAAUACAGAUACGCAGGUCUUGUGCCCUCUCUUCAGGAUCGAUCAAUAGAUCAAUGUAUACAUAGUAUAUUUUAUGUACAGUUUGAAUACUGGCUUAGUAGUUCACAUUUUUAUGAGAUGUGAGCCCACCAAAACCUGAAUAACAAAUACUUUUGGCUGGACCAGGAGGUGCUCAGAUUUGAUGUGUUUUAAUGCACUGGGUAUAUUUGUGAUUUUAAGUUGAUUUUUGUGUUAGACCCUUACAAUUUAAAUCUCUGUUUAGCAUUUCUUACCUUUACAUUCCCUUUCAUUUUAUUUUUAUUUUGACAUGUAUUUUGCUGUUUUAUUUAAAGUAAAAGGUAAAAUCCUGGUUACCUUGUUAAUUUUCUCUCAACAUUCCUGCUAAACAGACAUUUAACCUGGAGUGGCCUUAUUGACUGAUGUUUUGUUUGUUAUCGACUGCACACUGUAUUAUUUUUAUAUCAGAUUUUUACUCAUGAUCUUGUUACAUGCUUUAGUUAUUUUAUAUACUUGUUGGUAUUAGUUCAUAUAAAAUAUUACUAUACCAAAUUUGGUUAAAUAUAUUUUUAUGGUGUGGUUCUUCAAUAUGAAUAAACCAUAUUUCAUGGCUCUAUUGAGACAAGGUACUUAUAUUCUAUAGCAUCUAGAUAUAGAAUCUUAAAUAAUUAUCAUUCAUAGUUAUUGGCACGAUGCUGACUGAAUGACUUAGAUUGCCAUGAAAAAUGAAAAAAAUAAUUCUACACAUUAUGUUAAUAGAAAAAAUAAUGAAAUUAUACUGUAAACAUAUAUUGUACUUUUCAAUGAUGAGAUUAAUCUUAUUAAAAGGAAUGGCAUAAAUUUAUUAUUUUUAUAUAUAUUUUACAUAUUAGAUCU